AUGGAAGAUAUAUCUCUGCCGUUUAUGCGUAAUAUCAGGCUUGGCAUGAACGAGGUAGUACAUGAACAGCAGCAUAUAGUGCAUGAACAGGAGAACGUAAUCCUCGAAAAAAACUGGCUAUUGCCCGAACGAAGGGAGGUGGUGUCUGAGCUAACCGAACACGUUGAUGAGACAGUUGAGGUCGACUAUGGCAAGUCGCUCGAAUCAGCGCAUAGUAAUCCACACUACAGCUUACUGGUUGAUAAAAUCAGAGAAUAUAAGCUAGAAGUUAUCCCUGGGCCUUUCCUGGCCUGUGUGCAGAAGGGGUGGUUUAUCAACUGUGCCGAUAAGCAGAAUGACAUUAAGGGUGUGCUGGACUGGGAAAUACGAGCCAUAGUCCAUGAACUGUCAGAGAGGCGAGAAGAAUUCGACGAACAAAACGAAGUUGAGACUAUUAUAGCCUACAAAAAGUUCAUAACCGUUAACGGCUCACAUUACGGAAACGAGAAAGAAUUCGUCAAGAAGUAUUUUAACUUCAAAACUACAAAGAAGCUUAUUGACGAGCAUAACUCUAACCCUGACAAGCUCUAUACCAUGGCGUACUCUUGGGCAUCCGAGUUUUCUGAUUCGGAGCUUGGCAUUGCCCUAAGCACAAAUGGCUGGUCUCGACCGAUGUAUAUGUACGAAAAUGGAAGGUUCAUCGAUACCAGUAUGUAUUCAGGAUCCAAAAAUGUCGAUGACGGUGACAUAGUCCACAAGGAUUGGAGAAACACAAAUGCCAUAGGACCAGUUGUGGACCAAGGCUCGUGUGGGUCGUGUUGGGCGGUGGCGGUGGCAGGUCUUGUUGACGCCUACCGCGCCAUUACCACUGGACAGCGUCUACAACAUAGUGUACAACAGAUUCUAGACUGUACAUCGCAGAGGUACAACUGUGUUAGAGGGGGUAAUCAGGAAAAGGCGCUUGUAUAUGCCUCCACUACUGGUCUUUGCAUUGAACCCGCCUAUCCUUACCUAGGCAGAAAGACUGCGUGCAGGGAGAAAACUUGUGGGGAAAAGUUCAAGGUCGAUAACAUUAAACGGCUUAACGCCCGCAUGAUACAAGAGCACCUUAGAAGCCACGGACCCGUAAUGAUUAUCAUUAGGCUCAGCAGAGCAUUCAUGCACUACAGCUCAGGAAUCUUCGACGGCAGCUGCGAUUCCACACUCAUGCACUCCGUGCUUAUAGUCGGAUACGGAGAGAACACUAAACGCAAAACGAAGUAUUGGAUCGUAAAAAACUCGUGGGGUGAUCGUUGGGGAGACGGCGGAUAUUUCAAGCUGCACAACUUGCCCCUUUCACCGGCCGGAACCCCAUUGUUUUGUGGUGUCGACACAUAUGCGUUUGGUCUUACUACCCAUUAG